UUUUUGAAAUGAUGCAUCUGCAUUGCAUUUUAACGAACCUAUUCGUGGUUUACGCCAUAAAGAUUUAGCUCUAGGAUGAUUAGGUUGGCUACUGUGGUUGCUCUUUAGGUCAAUGUUAGCUGACAAAUACUCUACAUGAGCUAUUGAAGCUAGGUGGUGGUGGACUAGGAGUGACGGUGGUCGGAGGUGGCGGUGUGGGUGGUUGUCUUACCAUGUGUUGAUAGAGAGGGUAAAGAUAUUUUGGUUAAUUAACAGUUUUAAUAUUGAUAAUAUAAUGAAAAGAUUUGUAAUAUGAAUCAAUUUCCAAUAUGUGUAUGAUUAUGAUCUAUAUCUUAAUUGAACACAUGCCAUACUUCAUUUUUUUUCUUCCCAAUAUGGUAUGACAACACUCUCAGCUCUGUCUCCAUUCAGUUUUCUGAACUUUGAAUAUCAUUUUUGCUAUAUUGAAGGAGAGUCUAUUUUUAUUUUGGGAAGCUAAUUAAGCUGAUUCUGAGGACUUGUCAAUUGGUGAUGAGGUUGGCUAGCUGAUAAGCUUAAAUAGUAUAUAUUGAAAGUUCAAAGUUCAAUUUGUAUUUUUUUACAUGGUUAUUCAAUUUUCAUCUGAUAAAACAAUUGUAUGUCGAUUGUUCUGUGGCGUAAUGUGUCUAAAGCAAUGAUUUGGUUGCUCCAUAGUACAAUUUUUUAAUGUAAAGACCAAUUCUUAUAACAGUUUGUGUUUAAAUAUAUUUCAAGAAUGCGAAUAAGGGAAUACGCAUACUGGUCAGACAUUUCUAUUGCAAAACUGUAUAAAAAUUGAUUAGAUUUAGGGAAAUAAAGAUUGUAAUGAGAGAUUUUUAAGGAGACUAGAACGAAUUUAACUCCAACAGAUUGAUUGUGAGGUGGGGGGCCAGUGCAGGGAGGGAAAACAUGAGAGUUCUCCGUUUCUUCCUCUUUUGGUUCAUCACUUCACAAACUUUUUUCGCCACAUUCUCAACCUCUACAGACACUUUAACUGCAACUCAAAUUUUCAGGACCAACCAGACCCUCCAAUCAUCCAAUGGAGUUUUUGUCCUGGGAUUCUUCACGGCCAGCAAUUCCAACUGGUACCUUGGUAUAUGGUACAAGAACUUGGAUAGAACAGUGGUUUGGGUUGCAAACAGAGAUAAAGCCGUUGACAACUCCACAGGAUAUCUCAAGAUUGUUGCAGACGACGGAAACAUGGUUCUUGUCAACUCAUCUGGGAACCCUGUAUGGUCCUCCAAUCAAACCACAGCCAGCAACCCAGUUGUUCAGCUUCUGGAUACUGGGAAUUUAGUUGUCAGAGAAGCAAACAUGAAUGACUCCAUAAAGUAUCUGUGGCAGAGCUUCGAUUAUCCGACAGACACGUUGUUACCAGACAUGAAGAUGGGUUUGAACUUGGACAAGGGCACAGAGACACACCUAACAUCAUGGAGGGUCACAGACCAAGAUCCUUCAGUCGGAGAGUACACAUUCAAGAUUGAUAUUCAAGGACUCCCAGAAUUGUUCCUGUGGAAAAACCAGACCAUACUAAUUAGAAGUGGUCCUUGGAAUGGGGAAAGAUUCAGCGGGGUACCGGAUAUGGGAACCAAUACGGAGUAUAUUAACUUCAAUUUCUCUUCAGAUCAACAUGGAGUGUACUACUCAUUCCAUGUUGCCAAUCAAUCCAUUUUUUCAAGGCUCACAGUUACCUCUGGUGGUGAAACUCAGCGACUUAUAUGGGUAACGAGCAGCCAGACUUGGAACAAGUUUUGGUUUCUACCUAAAGAUCAGUGCGAUGUUAACAGAAAUUGUGGCCCGUACGGUAUCUGCGAUGUUAAUUCUUCGCCGAUUUGUAACUGUGUGAGCGGGUUCAGGCCUAAGAAUGAGCAGGCAUGGAAAUUGAGAGAUGGGUCUGAGGGGUGCUUGAGGAACACCAAUUUGAACUGCAGCAGUGACAAGUUUUUGCAUAUGCAGGAGGUGAAGUUGCCUGAGACAAGCAGGGUGUUUGUGAACAGAAGCAUGAACCUUGUGGAGUGUGAAAAUUUAUGCCUCAGGAACUGUUCUUGCACUGCUUAUGCCAACAAUGAGAUCACCAAUGGAGGAACUGGCUGUGUCUUGUGGAUUGGUGAACUCAUAGACAUGAGGCUGUUUCCUGGUAACGGGCAAGAUCUCUAUGUCAGAUUAGCAGCUUCUGAAGUAGAUGACUCAGGAUCUGCAGUCGGCUCUCACAAGAAGAAAAAUGAUAGUGCUAGGAUUGCAGGAAUCACAAUAUCUGCAGUUGUUGUGAUUUUGGGAUUGGGUUACAUUUUAUUUAGGAAGAAGAAAUUGCUAAGUAGAUUCAGUGGGACCACAGACCACAGAGGUUCUCUCCAAAGAAGUAGGGAUUUGAUGAUGAAUGAGGUGGUAUUUUCAGCUAAUAGAGACAGAGAAAAGUCAGGAGAAAGGCACAUGGAUGAACUAGAGUUGCCAUUGUUUGAUUUUAAUACCAUAACAAUGGCUACAAACAACUUCUGUGAAGCAAAUAAACUUGGGGAAGGAGGGUUUGGUAUUGUUUACAGGGGAAGGUUAAUGGAUGGUCAAGAAAUUGCUGUCAAAAGGUUGUCAAAGAACUCUGGGCAAGGAAUUGAAGAAUUUAAGAACGAGGUCAAGUUAAUUGUCAAUCUUCAACAUCGAAAUCUUGUGCGGCUAUUUGGUUGCUGCACUGAGAUAGAUGAAAAGCUGCUGGUGUAUGAGUACAUGGAGAAUAGAAGUCUUGAUGCGUUUUUGUUUGACAAAACCAGAAACCACGUACUGGGUUGGAAGAUGCGCUUCAACAUUAUAUGUGGAACAGCUAAAGGGCUUCUUUAUCUGCAUCAUGACUCUAGACUCAGGAUUAUCCAUAGGGAUCUCAAGGCAAGCAACAUUCUACUUGACAGUGAAAUGAACCCAAAAAUAUCAGACUUUGGGAUGGCUAGAAUAUUUGGCACAAAUCAGUCAGAGGCAAAUACACUGAGAGUUGUUGGAACAUAUGGCUAUAUGUCUCCUGAAUAUGCUAUGGACGGGAACUUCUCAGUGAAGUCUGAUGUUUUUAGCUUUGGAGUUCUUGUGCUAGAGAUCAUAACUGGGAAGAAGAACAGAGGAUUCUAUUACUCAAACGAAGAUAAGAAUCUUUUAGGGAAUGCUUGGAGGCAGUGGGGAGAAGGCAGUGCAUUAGAACUUAUUGAUCCCUCAAUUAGCGAUUCAUAUUCAACCUCAGAAGUUCUUAGAUGCAUUCAUAUUGGACUCUUGUGUGUCCAAGAACGUGCAGAGGAUAGGCCUACAAUGUCUUCAGUGAUCUUGAUGUUGAACAGUGAAGCUCCUCUAAUACCACAACCCAGAAACCCUGGGUUUUCCCUAGGAAAGAAUCCUCCAGAGACUGAUUCUUCUUCAAGUAAGCAAGAGGAACCAUGGAGUGUGAACCAAGUCACAAUCACAUUGCUAGAUGCAAGAUAAUGAAAAGAGCGUGACAUAAUCUGACUUUCUGUAGAUUCCCAAAAGCAUAAAAAUAUUAUGUAAAUAUUCCUUUGUCUGAUAGUUCAGGCAUUUUUGGAUCUACUUUGAUCUUGUUUUUGUUGUAACGUGCUAAGAGAUAUGGUUCUUGAAAACAUAACUUAGUUUAUGGUCUGAAUCUACUUCUUGAUUUUUACAUAUAUUUUCAUUAUACA